AUUUAUAUUUUUUAUAUCUACAGAAUUGGUUUGGAGAAGUGGUGACGGACGAUAACAAAGAAUACUUAAUCAAAAAUCGUAAUCAUAAAUUACCAGUAAACACACCAUACCCUUUAAAAUUUUACAUCAAAUAUAAUCCAAACGGGCCAAUUCCUCGAUUGGUGUCGUUUCGAUUGAACGCAAAAACGGUUUGUCCGGAAGGAGGUGUCACGACGACGCCACCAACAACUUCCGGUCAAUUAAUAACGAGCAGUUCAUUAUCAAGCACUGCAUCGCCCAAUCGACCACCACAACCAAUAAAUCGACCAUCAUCCCCAUCAAAUCCUCCUGUUGGGUUUAUAGAAAGACCACAAGUGAUUCAAGGAGGAUUAGACCAAAGCGAUGAUUUCUUUCCGGGCGAUUUCAAUUACAAACCCGAUUUUUUAGACGGUAACGUCGAAUGCGGAACGAUCGCCAAUCGGUUUAAAAGGCAAGUAUAUUAUUUUGAUGGAGACUCAUCAAUAGCUGGGGACGGAUCCUCGGCCCAAAUGAACCUGUACGACUACAUUAACUACAUCGUUAAUAGUUUGGCGAUACAAAAUCAAAGACCUGCCCAAUCACAGGUGGCGGCCCAACCUUUGAUAGUGUAUGGCCAAAAAACGAGUAUUGGGCAAUUUCCGUGGCACGCCGCUUUGUAUCAUUCGAGAGGGGUUGGUCUUCAAUAUGUUUGUGGGGGAUCCUUAGUGUCUAGGUAUCAUGUAAUUACCGCAGCUCAUUGCGUGACGAGCAUACGAUCAGCACAAGCUCUUCGUCCGGAUAAUAUGCUAAUUUAUUUAGGUAAAUAUUAUUUGAAUCGAUGGGGAAGCCCCGGCGUUCAAAACCACGAAGUGGCGAAAAUUAUAAGACACCCCAAAUACAACGGGAAAAUGUAUCAAAACGAUGUGGCCGUUUUGAAAAUGGCGAGCGCGGCCGAAUUUACCGAUUAUGUCCGUCCGGUUUGCUUAUGGGAAGGCGAUCUCAACAUCAAUAGCGUGGUGGGGAAUUUAGGCUCCGUCGUUGGUUGGGGUUUCAACGAGUACGGGAAAUUAACAGAAGAACUCAUCAAAUUGGAUAUGCCGAUUGUCUCAAAAGACACUUGCAUCUACUCGUUCCCAGAUUUUUAUGUUCGGUACACAACAAGCGACACAUUUUGUGCGGGGUUUACAAAUGGAUCAACCGUGUGUAAUGGAGAUUCAGGCGGUGGAAUGGUUUUUCAAAGAUCCGCUGGAUCCGGAAGAAAAGUUUACCAACUUCGCGGAGUCGUCUCGUUAAGCGUAGCCCUUCAAAACGAAUUUAAAUGUGACCCAAAACAUUACGUCGUCUUUACCGACGUCGCGAAGUAUUUAGAUUUUAUCAAAAACGCAAUGCAACAAUAAUUUUUUUAUUAAUUACUAUUUUAAGCAAUAAAAAUAUUAAAAAAA